AAUUCACCAGGAAAUUUGCGGGUAUACAUUUUGCAAUGGGAAUUUUUCCCCGGUUCACUGAGGCUACUGUGCACCAUCGCCCGCCGCCCUGACCCCAUCAGGUUUGUACAUGACCUGACAGCACCCCGUGGCUGCAUGGGCGAGGACGGGGGACACCUGCAUCGUCGGGUACGGAUACCCCCUUUUUGUGUGUCGCAGCUGGUGACGAGGUCCCUCAAAACGGCACUGCAGCCCCUUCUACUGUACACCAGUGGAAUGAGCCGAUUUUUUAGAUAUAGAAUCAUGUGCGAGACGGCCAGGAGCGAAGCGCUGGAGGCCGCACCAGGUUUCGGGUCCGUCGCGGCCAAGCCGACCGCUCGAUCUCGGCCUAGACCGCACCCACCGCCGAUAUUAUGGUCUCUAAAAAUCUAG